AUGUGGCAAUUAAAAGGCGAGAUAACACCAGAUCUGAAUGAUCCUGUAUCUUGCCUUCAGUUUUCACCUUCAGGAGAUCGUUUUGCAGCAGGUUUUUCGAAUGGAAUUGUCACAAUUUACGAUAUGGAAAAUGGAAGCUUAAUAAAAAAAGUAUUUGCGCAUAAAAAGGGAGUUAAUCAGCUUAAAUGGUCAAAUGAUUCAUCAAUUUUGAUCUCUUGUUCGGAUGAUGGCAACAUUAAUUUGUAUAGAACCACAGAUUUUGAAAUCAUAUCAGAAUGCACAGGUCAUCAUUCAUAUGUGUUUUCUUGUGAUAUAUCACCGUCAAAAUUACGUAUAGCUAGUGGAAGUUAUGAUGAAAGUGUCCGAAUUUGGGAAACGGCCACUGGAAAAUGUCUUCGUAUGAUAUCAGCGCAUAACGAUCCUGUAUCUUCAGUUGUUUUCAAUCACGAUGGUCAAUUCGUAAUUUCUAGUUCCUGGGAUGGUUUUUGCAGAAUUUUCGAAACUUUCAGUGGCUUAUGUGUGAAAUCUGUUAAUUUAGAAGGUAUUCCUAUCUCUCAUAUGGAAAUAGCCCCAAAUGACUCAUAUUUACUUGUUUCUCUGCUGCAAUCUAAAAUUAAAUUAAUAAGUUUACGAGAUCAGAAGCUUAAAGCCCUCUACACAGGCCACGAAAACUACAACUUCCCUGUUUUCUCGGGAUUUUUGGUCAGAGAAAACGAAAAUGGCAAAAAAACAGUUGAAGUUUAUUCUGGAACAGAAAACUCAUACGCAGUUGGAUGGGAUUUAGCUACAAUGGAGCCAAAAUGGUCUAUUCCAAUGGAAUUCGAUGUAAUUGAGCUUCCUCCUGAACCUCCAAAAGUUAAAAAAGAAAUUCCAAAACCAGAACAGCCAGAACAAGCCCAGCAACCAGCUCCUGAACCACCGCAACAGCCAGCUCAGCCUGAACAGCCACCACCUAUUCAGCAACAAAAGCCAGAUCUCGAUUCUCUUGAAUCAUUAUUAAAUUCACCACCACCAAAACCAAUAGAGCAGCCACAAGCCCAACAAAAUACAGAACAACCAAAGUCUCCACAAAAAGAAGUUGUAGAGGAGCCUCCAGUCGAAAUUCCAAUCAGAUACAAAGCUGUUAAAGGUUUUCCUUCAAUUGCUGUUCACGCACAUCCUUCAGGGAACUUCCUCAUUACAGCUACAGGUGAAAAUGGAGCUAAAAUUGCUCUUUGGGAAAGACAUGCAGAUACCGACCAAAAACCAGUCACUUUUCCACCUCCACUGCCACCAUAUGCAUUUUGUGAACCUCCUAAGGCCAAGGGUUCAAAGGAUGACUCUUCCGAUUCUGAACCUGACGUAAUGCCUGGAGCUGCAGCUGCAGAUCCAAUUGGAGGAUCAUCUUCUGACUAA